AUGGAAUCCACUAUCCUUGGCAAGCUGUCCGCUGAAGAUUUGCCUCCUGCUGGUCGAAUGCCUCCUCCACCUGAAGCAGGGACAGUGGACUCGGACUCGGACUCGGACUCGGACUCAGCAGAGUUUGACAAUGGCGCAGAUUGGUUGGAUGGUCCAGCUGCUCUUUCAGAGUUUAGGACAGUGGAGAAAGAUUUGUUCGUGCUUGCGGCAUCCAGCGGUAUUGAUUUGUGUGCACCACAUCAGGGAAAACCUCCUUCACGAAAUCAAGUCGAAAUUCCUUUGAAUUCCUUUGAAAUCCUUUGA